AUGGAGGUGCAGGCGCUCCCUCUGGGCUCGGUGACCGUGGGGGCUGCGUCCUGGCGCGAUGGCACAGCGCGCGCGGUCCGCAGAGCAGAGCGACUGGUGCGGCAGACUCGAGCCGGGACAACGUCAGCCCUGAGCCGGCCACAGACCAGCAGCGCCUCGGUCACACUCCCGGGCUCCGCGGAGGACACGACACCGGAGCCACACGGGCCCGGAGAGAAAGAAAAGAGGUGUGACUCAGGCAGAGAUGAACACACAACUCCAACAAGACCAAGAACUACAGCAACCACGCUGCUGUCGUGCUCUCGGCGGUCUGCAGGGGGCGCGCCGUUCCCUGGCACUGCGCUGCGUGAGGCGUGUGCGGGAGCGAGCGUGGCGACGGCAGGCGGGUACAUGCGGGCGGUGCGGUGUGUGGAGGCGGAGCUACGCACAGAGGCGGGCCGCGUGGCUCAGGAGGCGGGCAGACUCCAGAGAGAGAGGGGCCUUCUGGAACAGACCCUCCGCAGCCUGAGGUCCCAUCUGGGCCUUAACCGCAGCAGCUCCAGACACAGGACCAAGAGAGACACCAGGGAGAGUGUCACUGAUGGUGCAGACGAGCUGUUGCAGUGUGAGAGGAGAGAGCUGCUCCAUCUGAAGCAGGAGCUGGAGGAGACCCUGAGCUCCACUUUGACCCAGAUACAGUCUCUCUCUCUCUCCAGUCGUCGUCUCUUGUCUUGUGCCUCUGAGCGUGCUCUGGUUUUGGAGCUGCUUCCUCUCAGUGGAUCAGGCAAAACCAAAGGAGGAGCCUCAAGAGGAGCCUCAAGAGGAGCCACAGGAGGAGCCUCAAGAGGAGCCUCAAGAGGAGCCACAGGAGGAGCCUCAAGAGGAGCCUCAAGAGGAGCCACAGGAGGAGCCAUAACUGUCACUCAGGACCAGACUCUACCCAACCCCACCGGCCCCUACACCCCAGAGUGUAAAGAGGCUCUAGACUCCUCCUGCUCUUGUCUGAAGGAGUCACAGCGUCUCAGACAGACCAUCAGACAGAAGCUGAGCAGCGCCCUCCUCAGGCAGAGAGCGGUACAGCAGAUGGUCAAUGACGGGCUGCUGAAGAAGGUGGCUGAGACCAUCAGUCUGCAGCAGUCUCUGGGGGUGAUGUGCGGCGCUACGAGACAGGCCCUGUAUCGAAAGCAGAGAGAGAUGGACCUCAUUCUCCACAGCCACGGACGUGCUCAGGGUCCAGAGUACAGUGGAGACGUUCUGUCCAGAGAGAGGCUGGACAGGCCCCUGGUGCAGGUGUAUCACAGACACCCAGGGACCCAGCUCCCAGAGGCGGCUCAGCUCAUCCAGGGCAGUGCGAUGCUGGCUCGCUGCUUCUCCUCUCGACAGGCAGAGUUUGAUCGUCUGCAGCACACCUCUGCCUUGCUCCACAGCGACCUCCAGAGGAAGAGCGCCGCCGCUGCAGUCGACUCCGCCGUGCUGCGGAUGAGGCGCAGACAUGUGGACAAGCGUGCAGUACCAGUGUUUCUCCAGCAGGAUGCGCUCCAGAGCAGCACAGCCCUCUCCUGUGCUCAGUAG